CCACACACACACACACACACACACACACAGACACACACACAUAGAGAGAGAGAGAGAGAGUAGCCUGCAGCCUCAGCCGCACAAACUCGGGCUUUUUUUUUUAAUUCCAACUUUUACCCGCCACCAGUUGUGAGAGCGCGUCUGCUUUGUUAGCAUUAGCCCGUAGUGACUCACUCACACGCGCAUGCACACGCGCGCGCGCACACACACACACACAAACACACCCGCGGUCGGAACUUGAAAUAUGACGAUAAUCAAAAUGGGAGGAAAGUCGCUGCUAGCUUGCUGAAGUUGGAGGCUCUCCUUGUGGAAGAGGAAGAGGUGGCGGCGGCGGACACCACGAGUUCACUCUCACAAUAAAAGAAAAAAAAAAAGAAAAGAGCAGAAGGAGUGAGCCCAGCCUUCCAACUUGCCUCCUCCCUUUCAUUGGGCUAAGAUGAGUAUUACCAGUGACGAAGUGAACUUCUUGGUCUACAGAUACCUCCAAGAAUCAGGUUUCUCCCACUCAGCAUUCACCUUUGGCAUCGAGAGCCACAUCAGCCAGUCAAACAUCAAUGGAACACUAGUGCCCCCUGCAGCCCUCAUCUCCAUCCUGCAGAAAGGGCUUCAGUAUGUGGAGGCAGAAAUCAGCAUUAAUGAGGAUGGCACAGUCUUCGACGGUCGACCGAUCGAGUCGCUGUCGCUAAUCGAUGCAGUGAUGCCAGAUGUGGUGCAGACGCGGCAGCAGGCCUUCCGCGACAAGCUCGCCCAACAGCAGGCCGCCUGCACCAUGGCGGCGUCCACUUCUGGAAACCAGUCAAACGCACCAAAGAAUGGAGAAGCCACGGUCAACGGAGAGGAGAACGGUACUCACAUCAUGAAUAACCACAGUGAGCCCAUGGACGUGGAUGUAGACGUCGAGAUACCCGCCAGUAAAGCCACAGUGCUCCGAGGCCACGAGUCCGAAGUGUUCAUCUGCGCCUGGAACCCUGUCAGCGAUCUGCUGGCCUCUGGCUCGGGGGACUCCACUGCCAGGAUCUGGAACCUGAAUGAGAAUAACAAUUCCAACUCCACCCAGCUGGUGCUGCGCCACUGUAUCCGAGAAGGUGGCCAGGACGUCCCGAGCAACAAAGACGUCACCUCACUGGACUGGAAUAGCGACGGGACUCUCCUGGCAACGGGCUCGUAUGAUGGAUUUGCAAGAAUAUGGACAAAGGAUGGGAAUCUGGCAAGCACCUUGGGGCAGCACAAAGGGCCCAUAUUUGCACUCAAGUGGAACAAGAAGGGGAACAGUAUUCUCAGCGCUGGCGUAGAUAAGACGACAAUCAUUUGGGAUGCACACACGGGAGAAGCCAAGCAGCAGUUUCCUUUUCACUCAGCCCCAGCACUGGAUGUCGACUGGCAGAACAACACCACAUUUGCCUCCUGCAGCACAGACAUGUGUAUCCACGUAUGUCGCCUUGGCAGCGACCGGCCCCUUAAGACCUUCCAGGGCCACACGAAUGAAGUUAACGCCAUUAAGUGGGAUCCAUCAGGUAUGCUGCUCGCCUCCUGCUCAGAUGACAUGACCUUAAAGAUUUGGAGUAUGAAGCAGGAGUCCUGUGUCCAUGACCUCCAGGCUCACAGUAAAGAAAUCUACACUAUCAAGUGGAGCCCCACAGGCCCCAGCACAAACAACCCCAACUCCAACAUCAUGCUAGCCAGCGCGUCUUUUGACUCGACGGUGCGACUGUGGGAUGUGGAGCGAGGGGUUUGCAUUCACACACUGACCAAGCACCAGGAACCCGUCUACAGCGUGGCCUUCAGCCCCGACGGCAAACACUUAGCCAGCGGCUCCUUCGAUAAGUGUGUGCACAUUUGGAACACCACGACUGGAGCUUUGGUGCACAGCUACAGGGGCACUGGUGGGAUUUUUGAGGUUUGUUGGAACAGCACCGGGGACAAAGUCGGUGCCAGUGCGUCAGACGGCUCGGUAUGUGUUCUUGAUCUCAGAAAAUAGCUGACUUGGAGACUUUGAUGAUGAUGAAUCCUGGAAUGUGCAGAAAUUGCCUUCUUCUGACGUCGGCAAACACGCUCCCGUUGCUCAAGAAGGGCUGUAAAGGUGAACUGAAACAAACCCCCUCACAGGAGUAAAAAAACCAGAUGACUGCAGCGGCUCGGACACCAACUGAAUUCAGUGCACCUUACAGUUUGUUGAUGUGUGUUUUACGAUGCGCCGGUUUGAGACACAACGGAGGCUGGCUAAGAGAUCCCCGAGACUGGACACAACUCCCUGGGUGCAUCCACGUAUUAUAAGGUUUCUAAUGAGGAAGUGCUGCGAUCCACACAGGCCACCGGUCCAGCUGUUAUCAGGUUGGAAAGGGUGGAAACACAAAGACGAGGCGAGUUUUAUAAAGAGAGAAGUGUUAAUGAGACGCAGGUGUGCGGCUGAGAGAGGCAGUGAAAUCGUGAAAGAUGGGUGGCAGAUUUAGAAUUCCUCUGAGGAAAUGUUACUUCACGUCCACGAGGAACAACUGGCAACGCGAUGAAAGUAGCAUCGAUGCGGAAACGCUGCCGUCCUGUCAGCAGAGACUGGUUCGUUUCAAGAGUACAUCUCGCUUCUUCUUGUUGCUGAAAUCGAAUGCGCCGCAACGAGGUAGCUCUCAGCUCACAGCAUUUUCUAACACCGGGUCAUUUAAAAGGCGAAACCUGCCCGAGAAACGGUCUCAACCUCCCAGAACGACCUGCCCAAUUCACACGAGAUUCCGAAAUUUUGUGGACAUGAUGUGAAACGUGUGGUUUACAAAGAGAAUUUUCUCCCUUUUUUUUGGAUGUAAAUUUAAAGAAUGUAAAGAUAUGUAAAUUAGAUUAAUACACAGACUUAUAUACUGUGUAUAUAUGUUUAUAUACAGUACACUUUAUUGCCAUCCUGUAGGGACUCUUUAAUGGCUAGAUCUUCGCUGUUAAUGCAAGACCACUUAUUAAAAGAAGUGCACAUCUCAUCAGCUUCUUCUAAUAGACUUUCUGAACUCGGCCGAUCGUGUCCAUUGCAUCACGCUGCUUCUUCUUGUUUUUUUUUUUUGUUUUUUUUUCUCCAGUCAUAAAUGACAGAUGAGCAGCCUCGCUUUCUUGUAUUGAUCACUGAAAGCCAUGGAGGAAAUUUGCACCUCAUUACCUUCAGGGAAUUAUCUUGUCACCAAUAUGGGAGUUGGCAGUCACCAAUCUCCCGCUUGGCGUGCUGCUUUGAAUUAGUUUUAUAUGUGGAACACAGAACCAACAACCCCCCCUCUACCUGUGAGAGUGUCAUGCAGUCCUAAGCGAGGAAAGUUACUACAGCUUGAUUAGCAUUACCACAGUUCCUCUUUGGCACUUUGCUCUGAUCAGUCUACUGAAAGUAUAUAUAUAUAUAUAUACACUUUUAUAUAUAUAUGUAUCACAUUUUGACCAGAAGGUGGAGUUUGUGCAAAAGUCCUGCUGUCGCUGAAAUAAAAUAAAUGGAUUGGUUUUAAUGUCGCCAGCUGAUCAGGUUCGGUCAGAUGUGAAGCGCCUGUGUUGUGGGCUGGGCUUGAUAAGUGUGCAGUUAUGUCCGCCUGUUUCUGCUUACUGGGAUCGAACGUAUCUUCAAUCUUAACCUGCCACCGUGUUGAUUUGCCUUUUUUUUUCAUUCUUGGUCCCUUUCACUUUCAGUCAACUUCUGCCCGGAGCAACUUGAAGUGCACUUUUUGUAUUGGUGGGUUUCGACAAGUGUUCAGAUUUUGCUGAAAGUGAAGGUCCGAAGUUUUAUUUUUUGUCUCUCUCUCUCUGUCUUUAACGUCACAGUUGGAUGCUAAUGGGUGUUUCGAUGGACUUUUUUUUUCUUUUUCUUUUUUUUUUUUUUUUUAAUUUGCUGAGAGCCAUUAUCGUCUGUGUCAGACUGAGAAUUGGGCUGUGGGUCGCUGGCCAAUCUUGGCGUGCUAAAGGAGCCCAAUACGGAAUAAGUGCUGUGACAGCUACUAUCUCUCUUGCGCCCUGGUCCAGGGUGCUGUCACCUGUUUCCAAGACAAAACGUUGAAGUCAUUCAGUGUCUCAAAUAAAUUACUCUAUUUUGAUAUCAGAAAACAUGU